AGUUUGAAGGUCGUGACCGGAAAUGCUUACUAUUAGUUAGCUGGAGAGUGUUUUUUAUGAAUUGAAGUGAGGCACAAAUCAAACAAAUUCAACAAUAUAGACUGAUUGAAAAUGGCCGGAACGGCUUCGGUAGCUGGUGAAGUGUUCGUCGAUGCUCUGCCGUACUUUGACCAAGGUUACGAUGCAGCAGGUGUCCGGGAAGCGGCUGCAGCGUUGGUGGAGGAGGAGACCAGAAGAUACCGACCUACCAAGAACUACCUGAGCUACUUGCCUACACCGGACUUCUCUGCUUUUGAGACGGAAAUUAUGAGGAAUGAAUUUGAGCGGCUGGCGGCUCGGCAGCCUAUGGAUCUCCUGAGCAUGAAGAGAUAUGAGCUGCCAGCACCCUCAUCAGGACAGAAGAAUGACAUCACAGCAUGGCAGGAGUGUGUGAACAACUCGAUGGCUCAGCUAGAGCACCAGGCGGUCCGAAUUGAGAACCUGGAGCUCAUGUCGCAGUAUGGAACCAACGCAUGGAAAGUCUACAACGAUAACCUCGCCUUCAUGAUUGAGAUGGCUCAGAAGGAACUUCAGAAAUUCAGGAAGCAAAUUCAAGAUUUAAACUGGCAGCGUAAGAAUGAUCAGUUAGCAGGAGGAGGCAAACUGCGAGAGCUGGAGUCAAACUGGGUGUCUCUGGUCAGUAAGAACUACGAGAUCGAGCGAGCCAUCGUCCAGCUGGAGAACGAAAUAACUCAGCUCAGACAACAGCAGGGGGACGAGAAUAAGGAGAACAUCCGACAGGACUUCUAAAGCAGCAGCAGCGUACACCUUUGUAGCACUGAUGUUCACCUAAUGGUCCCUCAUUUGGAAUGAUGUCAUCUUGUCUUCGUAGUUGACUGCACUGUGAAGCAACCUGAGGGGGGACAGUUACCCGUAUGGAGGAGAUUUGAAACCGCCGUGUUCAGCUGUAUCAUUAAAUCACUUUGGCAUUCAGGAGUGGUCCAGAAACCUCAAUGACAACACACAUUUUUGUCUCUUCUUCUACAGUAAAAACAGUAGUAGAAUGUGGUAUGAUGCAGCUUUUUGACUCUACCUUUUUUUCCCCCAAGGGUCACAUGUUUAAACAACACUGCACCCCCCAGAUGACAUUUGUUUAUCAGUAACUCACCCUGUGUUACCUUGAAUUUGUGAACUUUGCUUUUUCUCACAUACCUCCACAGUGAACAAAGAAUCAAAAAUUCUUGAUAAAUUGAAGUGAUAGGGGUCCGCAUUUUAACAAUAACCAAACUAUAUCAAAACACCUGUUUUCAAACUUUGACACAACUCCUGCAGUGUAAUACAUGUCUUGUUUACCCAGUCAUAUGAUCAGCACUUCCCAAACGAUGGGCGACUGAACUGAAAGGGAAACUUUGAUGCUCUCUUCAAAGCAAGACUUUGUUGACAAAAACAGUACCUUGCUGAGCACGGGAGCCUCUGGUCUACCACUGCCUCUAUCAGUUUGUUGGUUAGUUUGGUGUUUUAAAGGGUUAGUUGAGAUUCACUUAAGGAUAAAUGAGACUUGGAUUAUUCUGCAAAGGUUGUGCCAAAGUUAACAGAUGUUUUGAUAUAGUUCACUUUCGUUAAACACUGUCAGCUAUGACUUUAAUUCACCAGGAAUACUCUGUUUUUUAGAUUCUUUGUACACUAGAGACAUGCAAGAAACUAGGGAUGCACAAUAUUGGAUUCUUUGCUGAUAUCCCAUAUGCUAAUAUAUAUAUAUAUAAAUUUUAGUGAUCAUCAAGUCUCUUCUGUAGUGGAAUUAACAUCAUAUUAUGCAUGCAUACUGUUAUCAUGAUGGCCCACCAGCAGAUGGAGACAUGGAGCACAAUGUUUUUCAAUGUAUGUAAUAUUCAUUCAUUCAUUGUGCAAAGAAAGCACAUUGGUCAAUUCUGAUAGUUCAUUGUAAAGUCGAUAUUGGCCGAUAACGAUGAUGUUGGCUGAUUCCGGUAGUUCAUUUUAGAUGAAUGUUGACAUAUACAGAUAAUGUGCCGAUAUUAUUUUGCAUCCCCACAAGAAAGUUUCAAAGUCAACACAGGGCAAGAAACUGUUAUGCUGUGUUAUUUGCUAGACGACAUAUGGUUUGCACCACAUAGAAGACAUUCAUCUUCUUACAAACUUAAAGUUGAAUACACAAGGAGUAAAUCAUAUCUUUGCUUGACUAGUAGCAAACUUUUGAUAUUGUUCCUGUACCUGACAUUACGAAGUCUACUCUCUUUGUGGUAUUGUCAAAGUGUUGUUUAACAUCAUUCCAGAAAUGCCACAAGUGACAUUAUUCAGCAAGUGUUAUCUGAUCUCGCUACAAAGAGUAUUUUAUACCAGCAUUGUAGGUUUCAGUCCUCAAGACUAUCUACCUACACAGGUGUGUUUAGAAUUAAGUGUACAUAGUUUUUCAAGUCUGUCAGUUCUCUCUGUGAGCCCCGCCUUGGCUUCCAUUCAUGUCAUUUUUAUGCUGUUUUAAUAAAAUAAACAUUUCUUAUAUUUCCUA